AUGAUCUCCUCAACCCCUUACGCCAAAGAGCUCCAACUCGCCAGCCUAGCCGUACAACGAGCAGCCCUCCUUACAAAAGAGCUCCUCUCUGCAGUCGAUAAAGGCGCCCUUGACAAGAGCGACUCCUCGCCCGUAACAAUUGCCGACUUCGCUGCCCAAGCCUCAAUAAUUGCAGCCAUCCACAAUGCCUUCCCAGACGACGACAUCGUUGGCGAAGAAGAUGCCACAGCCCUUCGCUCAAAUCCCGAGCUUCUUGCAAGAACCUGGGACCUAGCAACCAGCAUCCACCUCAAUGACCCAGACAGCGAAGCUCUCCUCCACACCCCACGCUCCCACUCCGAACUCCUCGACCUAAUCGACCUCGGUGCAAGAGGCGCUUGCACCCCCACCAGCAGAACCUGGACUCUAGACCCCGUAGAUGGAACAGCAACCUAUAUCCGCGGCGAGCAGUAUGCAGUAUGCCUUUCACUCGUCGAAAACGGAAUCCAGAAAAUCGGCGUUCUCGGCUGCCCUAAUCUCCUGGUGUCAGGACCCGUCGCCGAACACCGCGUCGACCGCAACGGUCUCGGCCAGAUGAUCUCAGCCGUUGUCGGGCAGGGUGCUACCAUCAGACCUAUGGGUCCGGGCGCUUUGCUGCCGGCACGUCCGCUUGAACGUGUCCCGCAGGUUGGGGCUUCGGACGUGCGGUUCAUUGAUACCCGUGCGGCGAAGACGCAGGAUCUUGAGGCUCAUGCCCGUGUGGCGGCGAGUCUUGGCUGCCCGUGGCCAAACCCGGUGGAUUUGUGGUCAGCGCAGAUGCGUUAUGUUGCCAUUGCCGUGCAAGGAGGGUGUAAUGCUUUCGUCAAGGUGCCAUUGAGUCCAGAUUAUCGCUCCAAGAUUUGGGAUCAUGCGGGUGGCAUGCUGAUUGUGCAGGAAUUGGGUUGUCUCGUUACAGAUCUUGAGGGGAAACCGGUUGAUUGUGCGCUAGGUCGUACAUUGGCUGGGUGUUAUGGUAUGGUUGUUGGGCCGGCUUCGGUUCAUGGGAGGAUUGUGGAGGCUGUGAGGGAGGCACGGGGAUUGUGA